UGUGUGUGUGUGUGUGUGAAAGUACGUACGUGUGUGUGAAAGCUGUGCGUACCUACCAAACGAGGACACACACACACACACACACACACACACACACACACGGAGACGCAGCUCAGUAUCUACUAAGGUGUGGCGGAGAGCAGGAUGGCGGUGUCCAAGGCACUGGUGGCGGGCGUGGCGGCGGCGGCGUGUGUGGGGCUCCUGGUGGGGGGCAUCAUUGGACACCUGGGCACGAGGGGAGUCACGGAGGAACAGCAGCACAUGGUCAGCACCAUGGAGCGGCUGACUGGAGGCGACUGGGGCGAGGAUGACGAGAUAAACAAGAAGAUUAUCAACCUUGUGGAUCCAGAAAACAUUAGGAAGGAACUUAAGGAACUCACAGCGAAGCCUCACCUGGCGGGCAGCGAGCAAGACGACUAUCUAGCGGAGAUGAUUCGGAAGCGUUUCGAAGCAGCAGGAUUCGACUCAGCUGAUCUUGUUCCUUACAACGUCCUACUUUCCUACCCCAAUCCUUCCAAUCCGAACCUGAUCACCCUGGAAGAGGCGGGCGGGGGCAUUAUCUUCACCAGCAAGUACAAGGAAGAGCCUCUGGAGAAGGACGAUGCUGACCCUAACUUCAUCCACGCAUUCAACGCCUACUCUCCGGCAGGUGACGUACAGACGGACAUGGGUACUGGGUUGGUCUACGUUAACUACGGACGGGAGGAGGACUUCGAAAAACUGGCGGAGCUGGGCGUGUCCGUGAAAGGCGCCAUCCUUAUCGCACGCUACGGGAAAAUCUUCAGAGGCAACAAGCUGUUACACGCACAGCAGCGAGGAGCAAAGGGCCUCAUCCUCUUCUCUGACCCAAUGGACGUGGCUCUCAAUGGCACAACACCUCAGGACGUGUACCCAAACUCCUGGUGGCUCCCGGGCUCAGGCAUGCAACGAGGCAGUACCUUCAUGGGAGACGGCGACCCCCUCACACCUGGCUGGCCCUCCACAGAGCACGCCUAUAGACUCAAGGAAGAGGAGGCCGAGUUACCCACAAUUCCCUGUCAACCAAUUGGCUACGAUGACGCUAAACUUAUCCUCGAGAAGAUGGGUGGAACAACGGCGCCUGAGGGGUGGCGUGGCGGUCUGCAAGGCGUGGCGUACAACCUCGGCCCUCAGCUGAUUGGUGACUACAAGCUGCGUCUCACCACUCACAACUACAUCAAGCAACAGAGAUCCUACAAUGUUAUAGGAACCGUGAAAGGCAACGUGGAGCCUGAUCGCUACGUGCUGAUCGGGAACCAUCGUGACGCGUGGGGUUACGGCGCGUCAGACCCCUCCAGCGGCACUGCGCAGCUCAUCGAGACGGCUAGAGUGGUGGGCUCCCUGCUGGCUCAAGGGUGGAGGCCGCGUCGCACCCUCGUGUUCUGCUCGUGGGGUGCUGAGGAAUACGCUCUCAUAGGCUCAACGGAGUGGGUGGAGGAGCACGUCACCAAGCUGCAGCAGCGGGCCGUGGUCUAUAUCAACGCAGACACUUGCACCAGCGGCACUGCUUUUAAUCCCAAGGGCAGCCCGCUCACCUGGCAGACCAUCACCAGGCUGACGAAGAUGAUACCCGCAGUGAGGCAAGAGGGAAGUCUGUACCAGGAGUGGGCCGAGUACCACAGAUAUUGGAACCGUACGGAACCUAAGAUAACAACUCUAGGCUCGGGCAGUGACCACGCGGCCUUCACCUUCUACGCCGGCAUUCCUUCACUCAGGGUCUCCUUCACACCUGACAAACGUAAACAUGACAUCUCUUUCCCCUACUACCACACUGGCUACGAGACAUUCUACAUGCUGGAUAAGAUUGUGGACCCAGGAUUCAGGAUUACCCAAGGAUGCAGCAGGAUAGCCACGCUCCUCCUACGGUAUUUCGCUGACGCCCUUCUCCUGCCCUUCCACCUCCCGCAGCUCCCCGAAACCAUGAAGAACAGCCUGGAGGAGGUGAAGAAGGCGAACCACGAUACCCUUGUUGCCAUUUAUCCAAAGUUCCCCCUGCUGGAAGAAGCGCUGGAUGACUUCAGGGACAAAGCUUAUCAGUUCGACGCCACGCUGAAGGAGAGAGUGAAGGACAUGGACCCCGUCACACUUCGAGCCGUCAAUGACCAGCUGAUGAAAAUUGAACAGCUGUUUCUCUUACCUGCCGGCUUACCUGGAAGACCCGACACCAGACACACAGUUUUCGCGCCCAGCCAAUUCAACAACUACGCCUCGGCUGGGUUCCCGGGGUUAGUGGACCUGCUGUACAAGAUUGACACGCUGCAAGGGAAGGAGAGGGCCGACAGGGAGGAGGAGAUUAGAAAACACAUAUCGCACCUCACUAUUUUCAUGCGCGCCGCUGAGAAAUUUAUAAAAGACGUUCAUUUGAUAUAGACGCCCUGUGUGUGUGUGUGUGUGUGUGUGUGUGUGUGUGUGUGUGUGUGUGUGUGUGUGUGAAGUUUUCCUUCUUUUUUUUUCUCAAACGUUCCUAGAAGAUCGACUUAAAUAAAACAAAGGACUGACUGACUGUUUUGUAAGGGCGCGCACGCACACACACACGCACACACACACACACACACACACACACACACACACCGCCACAGUUAGGGCGGUGGGGUACACACUUUACAUGCUACGCAGACUCCAAUCACUGGGCACACCAACAGAGGAAUUAAAAGAGGUAUACCUAACCUUUAUUCUGCCAAGACUUAUGUACGCCUCACCAGCGUGGUCCUCCUGCCUCACCGCGACUCAGAGGCAGCAGCUCGAGAAUGUACAAAAAAGGGCAUGCAGAAUCACCCUCGGCCCUGCUUACACUAACUACGCCCACGCACUGACCACUCUGAACCUUCCCAGACUGUCUAACAAACACCGAGAAGCACUGGUGAAACUGUGAAGAAGCCUGCUACGUCACCCGAGGCUCCACCACCUUCUCCCCCCUGCCACCCCUCGCCCUGCCCACUCCACCCCCACCAUGGUACGAGCCAUAAACCACUAAGAUAGAAUACUGGACAUGAGACUCCCCCCCCCCACUAUGUAUAUUUUCAGUUAUGUAUGUACUGCAACUCCUAAUAAGCCGUAUAUUAUUAUUAUUAUUAUAACACACACUUCUGUUAUUUUCUGCAGUGUCAAACUCAAGGAAAUAAAAACGAUAAGGAUAACCAAUGUAAAAGAAACAAGUCCAAUAUUUUCCACUAGUCUGUAAAAAUGUAUGAAGAUAAUAUUUUAGUGUUUACUGAUAAUGAUGAAGAUUUUAUAAACACAUGCUUUGUUAAAUUCUACUGGUAAUUCACUGACUGACUGACUGACUGACUGCCUGAGUGACUAUAUUGCAUGACUUACACUGCCUUGAUUGACUUCCUGGCUGGCUGGCUGGCUGGCUGACUGACUGGCUAACUGCAUGACUCUCACUGCCUUGACUGACUUCCUGACUGACUGGCUGACUGUUCAAUUUUUGGUGUACACAUGUUUUUCUGCCUUGUUUAGUGACUGUCAUGUAUAUUUUCUGAAAUAAAAGAUAUAAGUGACUA